AUGUCGUCGGACAAGCAGAAGCUAUCCGUAUCUCUACAAUUGCUAUCAAAGACAUGCACAGCACUACUCAAUGGGCUUGUAUCGCCAACACCGCCAGAUCAGCCUCUGCCUUUAACAUCUCUGCACUCAGACCUUCUUAGUCUGCUCGCUCUCCUAGCGAACGAUGCGAAUAAACUCGUACUUGUUGUCUAUCCCCCGGGAAUGCAACCAUCUUUCAAAGCAGCCCUUGCUCCGCUGCGCGAUCUGACCACGCAUACAUCCACGCUCGCGUCAAAUGCGGCUUCAUUCGCUCCUGCCACUCACGGCAAAGCACUCACGUCGGAAGUCCGUGAUCUCACACGAGAGGUUAUACAAGCUAUUCAAGAGCUAGCAGUCGCUCUUAUUGUGUUUGUUGACGCACCUCUACGUACCACGCGCGACGGGAAAGGCAAGGGCGAGGCGCAUAUGGUCAAAGUUGCGGCAAUCCAUGCACUCAUCGACUCUGCGCGUUCGAGUGUUAAUGGUGUCUCGAGCUCGAAUGCGCAAGCUGUGAGGAAGAUGUGGAGAGAGCGUGGCUUGCUGGUUCGCGACGCGCUCGAGGAACUGGAGGAUAGCGGUCUACCGGCAGGGAAUGACGAAGAGGAAGAAGAAGAGGAUGAGUUUGACUUUGGCGGGCCAGUGAGUGCAGAAGAGCGCGCGUUCAAAGCACAGUUGCACGCAUUCGUCAAACGGCUGUUACUGACCUAUGAAGAAGUCGGCGCCGCCUUGUUUUCUCUACCCGCACCGGACGCCGCAUUCGAUCCCCUUCUGGAUGCCUCCUCCGCCAUUACACGCGCUGUAGACGAGUUGGCGGCAUGCGCGUAUGACGGGCCGGAAGAGCUGCCUGCGCGGAAGAAGGUUAUUGUCAAGGCACUUAAAGGAAUAGGGAAAGCGCUUGAUGGGAUAUGGGAGAAAAGCAAGGCCACUCGCGAUGAUGAGCAAGCGAAGGAUAAGGAAGAGGACGAGAAGGUUAUUAAAGGCAGUGGGCCAUGGUUUGCCGCAGAACUCAUCGAGCUUAUCAAGGCCGUUGUAGCUGUUCAAUGGCCCGCAGAUUUGCCAAAAUGA